AAGCGGUAUAUAAAGUUACUGUACAUUUGUUAUGUCUCAGUUCUUCCUGUCGAGUGUUGAGUAUUUGUUAGAAUGGCUUCUUCCAGUGUUUAUAUUUUGUUUCUUUUCUUAUUCGCCGUUAAUGGACACGUGACUGUGAAUAUCUAUGAAGAUGUAGACGCUAAUAAAAAAGAAGGUUGGAACUGCGACCCUGCGACAUGCAUGCAACUGUGUCAGCGGAUGGGAUACACCAGUGGGGAGUGCAUAGACAACAGAUGUCAAUGCGACAAAUUUCUUGUUGAUUCUGAUAGAAGUGAGGAAACAACGCUAAGCGAUUGUGACUACAGAGCGUGUGACCAAACAUGCCGACGGCUUGGCUUUCCCGGAGGAGUAUGCGUGGGUGACAAAUGCAAGUGUGAUAAUUUCCUCAACCAAGAAAUUAGCCAAGAUAUUCAUAGAUCUAAAAUUCAAAGCUGCAACUACCAGGAAUGUAAUCAAAGAUGUCGUCGGCUCGGGUUCCCUAGUGGCGCGUGUGUGAACAAUGUAUGCAAAUGUGAUAAUUUCGCAUACGAUGAAGAUUCAGCUAAAAUCAAUAGUGAAUAUAGCAGCUGUAAUUACCGAGAGUGCGAUAGAAGAUGCCGCCGUCUCAAAUUUCCCGGAGGAGCUUGUGUGAAUAACAGAUGCAAAUGCGACAAUUUCCGAUUAAGCGUUGGAGAUAUAGAAGAAAAUCUUUCCUCUCAGGUCUGUGACGAAAUUGCGUGCAUGAACAUGUGCAUCGGCUUCAAUUACGUUUUUGGCAUGUGCCGGGAUGGCAGCUGCAUUUGUUUUUAAUUUUUUUUUUUAAUUAAUUCUAAAUUUAAAUUUGUUAUUCAUAGGUUUUUCGAUCAUGUCUGCUCUGUUGAGCAAAUCAGACAUUACCAAUGUAUUGUUAACAUGCUGAUCAAUUGAGAAAGUUAUAGAUUUAAUUCAAUAAAAAAAUAUCAGGUCUUUGAAAUAAUAUUUUA